UCGGAAAUAGAUUAUCAGAUGCUUAUAAAAUAUAAAGAGGUUGGACAUUGUUCAUUACACAAUUGAAUCUACAUUUGAUACUUCUUUUGCUGAUACACUCAAAAUAAUCACAGGUUUGAAGGCAUUUAAAAUCCAAUUUGAAGAUUUGUACAGACCUAAAGUUAGUAUUUCACACCAAAGCAUAACCAAAUAAGCAUUUUAACAACACUAUAUAACCAUGAAAAUUGAUUAUCAAAACCAUAGGAAAGAUCGAAAUUAACGUCAAGUUGUUAAUCCAGCCAUCUCAAGCAUGUUACGUCCUCAAGUCAUAUAGCUUGAGUCAAGAUAUCUAGGAUAAUAGGAUUCUUUUUACAAAUUUGGACUAGAUUUUUGCUUGUAGACAGGUACAUGCAAAUCUCCUUCAAUCUCACAAUUUUAUAUCUUUUAUGAAAACUUCCGAACACCUCCAUCACAUGGCUCAGGAAGCGGCUCGGGAACGCCACCCUCUCAAGGAGGCGGUGGCCAUGGAGGAACGCCUGCCAAGUGGAGGGGGGCGUCAUAAUCCCAGUCCACCUCCUCCUUCUGGAGGUCGUGGAGGUGGUCACUAUCCCUCCCCUCCAACUUUUCGUGGAACCCCUCCAAGUACCCCUACUACACCCAUCCCACCAACUACUCCUAUCAUUGGCACAGGCACGCCAAGCACUCCUGACGUCUCCAUACCAUCACCUCCAUUUGACCCCAAUUCACCACCUUCUAGGGGUGGUUACUAUCCCUCCCCUCCAACUUAUGGUGGAACUCCUCCAAGUAUUCCUACACCUAGCACCCCGUCCACACCAACCAUUGUAACCCCACCAACUACUCCUAUCAUUGGCCUAGGCACUCCGAGCAUUCCUGGGAUAUCCACGCCUUCAGCUCCAUUUGACCCCUAUUCACCACCUUCGGGCAGUUACAACUAUCCCUCCCCUCCAAUUUUUGGGGGAGGCCCUCCAAGUUUUCCCACACCUAGUACCCCCGGUUUUCCCACAAUUCUAACCCCACCAACUUCUCCAAUCAUCAAUCCAGGCAUUCCAACCACUCCUGGUAUUUACAUACCUCCACCUCUAUUUGAUCCCAACUCACCACCUUUCCCGCUCGAUUACUGGAGGACUAACCCGGCUCUAAUAUGGGGCUUGUUUGGCUGGUGGGCAACUGUUGGUAGCGCAUUUGGUGUGGCUAGUACUCCAGGGUUCGGGGGGAACUUGAACCUGCUGCAAGCACUUUCAAACCCUCGUGCCGAUGGCGUUGGGGAACUCUACAGGGAAGGAACAGCUUCUUUGCUGAACUCCAUGGUGAGCAAGAAUUUUGCUUACAGUACCAAACAAGUUAGGGAUAGUUUUGUUGCAGCACUCAGUUCAGACAAGGCUGCAGCAGCUCAGGCGCGGAUAUUCAAGUUAACCAACGAGGGUCGACUCAAGCCCAAAGCUUGAAAAACUCAUAUUUCCAUAGUCCCUGUGUAUCUUGAUAUGUCCAAUUUCAAACUUGUGAUUUCCUGUGAGUUCGCUUUAGGGUUGAAUCUUAAUGUCUCAAGAGGAUACCAACUUAUGAUCAGGUAUAUGUAAAUUAUUACUUUGAUGUGCUGUGUGUUAGAUUGCCUUAUGCAGAUUUCAGAAACAUUUGAAUGUCUUCUUUGUAAAGAAAUCAUAUUUCCAAAUAAAAUAAAAAUGUAGUAUUGUAUUAGAUCAGCGUGCUGUGUUCCAGAAUCUCCACAAGAACUUUGUAGUUUUGUCAAAUUUAAUAAACCUUAAUUGACCAAAGUUGAAAAGAGAGACAAGCACAUGUCAUACAACCACCUAUAAAUUGGAAAAGAACUUGUCGUCGCUAGAUGAUCUUUCUUCAACAAAGUUUACCGAUAGGAGAAAAAUAAUUAAGCAGUAGAAUUGACAAUAUUGUAUCUAUUGUACGCGGCUUCCGCUAUGUAGGGAAUCUGGGGAAAGAAUUGACCAUAUUUUAUCUAUUAUAUGCAG